AUGUUAUGUAAUAGUGAAGCAGAUCGUACUACACUGCCAAAAUUACCAUUCGAUAUAAAUCGAUGUAUAACAAUUCUGAAGAAAUUCGAUAAAAAAAAGACGGCUGUUUUUUUAAUUCAUGCUAGUUUAUCGAUCAACCGGUAUGUAGAAUCAGGAAUCACCAAUCAUGUUCAUUGCAUACUUCAGAUAAAGUUUGUAAAUGAUCUUUCAUGGAAAAAGAAUGAAGCACGGAAUUUUAACUGUGAAUGA